UUAGACAAGGGGCAAUGAACUGCAGUAGAGGUGCAGAAGAAGUUUCAUUUACAUUUCCUGGAUAUGAAAUGAGGAGGAGCUGUGGACUAGUGUAAUUCUAUCAGCACAGCUCCAGCAGAUGGUUUUGCAGUUGUAGUUCUCAUCAGCACAGGAACUUUUCCAUCUGGGAACCCGUUGCAACUUUUUAAUCUUUCUUCUAAAGCUAUGCUCCUCUUGUAAUACAUCUUUAUAACUCGUAUGUAAUCACCAUGGCAGCCAAUCUAACAAGCAGACUACUUUUGCACCAUCUGCUCACCAAGCAACAGGGACCUGCAAGAAUCUGCCCCUGGAGAAGCCUUGGGGUACGAUACUGUGCUUCAUACCAGAAACAGAAGAUACAACCAUCUUAUCACAAUCCAGGACCUCAAUGGGAUGUCAAUUCAUAUAUGCCAGAAUCAACUGCCCUACCCAGUGUACAGACCUUUCAGGAUCUCCUACAAGUCUCACAUGAAGACCCUGAGACAUUUUGGGGUGUUCUUGCCAGGGAGAGGCUGACUUGGGUAAAGCCAUACCAGAAAGUUAAAGACUGCGAUUUCACUCAAGGCCGGGUAAAAUGGUUUCUUGGUGGACAACUGAAUGUAUCUGUGAACUGUUUGGACAAGCAUGUACACCAGUGUCCAGAAAGAGUUGCAUUAAUCUGGGAAAAGGAUGAGCCGGGGACUCAUGUCAAGAUCACGUACAGGGAGCUUCUUGACACCACAUGCCGUAUUGCCAACACACUGAAAAAGUAUGGAGUAAAAAAAGGUGACAGAGUGGCCAUCUACAUGCCUGUUUCACCCUUGGCUGUGUCAUCCAUGUUGGCUUGUGCAAGGAUUGGAGCUGUUCACACCGUUGUCUUUGCUGGUUUCAGUGCGGAAUCCUUGGGUGGACGAAUUAAUGAUGCUAAAUGCAAAGCUGUCAUCACUGUCAACCAAGGACUGAGGGGUGGACGAGUGACAGAGCUCAAGAAGACUGUGGAUGAAGCUGUCAAGAGCUGUCCAUCGAUUAAACAUGUCUUUGUUGCUCAGAGGACGGACAACAAAGUCCACAUGGGUAAUCUUGACAUUCUUCUGGAAGAAGAAAUGGCCAGAGCGGAACCAGUGUGCCCUCCAGAAACUAUGGACAGUGAGGACAUGUUAUUUAUGCUGUAUACAUCUGGCAGCACUGGACAGCCUAAGGGAAUUGUGCACACACAGGCUGGGUAUUUGCUGUAUGCUUCCCUCACGCAUAAGUACGUAUUUGACUACAAACAAGGAGAUGUGUUUGGAUGUGUUGCUGACAUUGGCUGGAUUACUGGGCAUAGCUAUGUCGUCUAUGGACCUCUGUGCAAUGGAGCCACCACUGUCCUUUUUGAGAGUACUCCAACAUAUCCAGAUCCAGGUCGCUAUUGGGAGAUGGUGGAACGGUUGAGGAUUAAUCAGUUUUAUGGUGCGCCAACUGCAAUACGCCUGCUGCUCAAGUAUGGAGACGACUGGGUGAAGAAAUACGAUAGGUCAUCUUUAAAAAUGUUGGGCUCAGUGGGUGAACCGAUAAACCAUGAAGCUUGGGAAUGGUUUUACAACGUGGUCGGUGAAGGAAGGUGUGAUCUUGUGGACACGUGGUGGCAAACAGAAACUGGAGGAAUCUGCAUUUCACCUCGUCCUUCAGAGCAAGAUGCCGAGAUAGUUCCAGCAAUGGCUAUGAGACCUUUCUUUGGGAUAAGACCUACACUCCUAAAUGAGAAUGGCAAAGUUAUUGAAGGUGGUGAUGUUUCUGGUGCACUCUGUAUUGCCCAGCCCUGGCCUGGUAUGGCCAGAACCAUAUACGGAGAUCAUCAGAGGUUUAUUGAUGCUUAUUUCAAGACAUAUCCAGGCUAUUAUUUUACUGGUGAUGGAGCUCAUAGGUCCAAUGAAGGGCACUACCAGAUAACAGGCCGAAUGGAUGAUGUCAUAAACAUCAGCGGGCACAGACUUGGCACUGCAGAGAUUGAAGAUGCAUUGGAUGAACAUCCAGAUGUUCCAGAAACCGCUGUAAUUGGUUUUCCUCAUGACAUCAAAGGAGAAGCCGCAUUUGCUUUUGUUGUGUUAAAAGAAGGUAUAACAGACACUGAAAAAACUAUAAAAGAAGAUCUAAAAACUAUAGUAGCCACAAAGAUAGCAAAGUAUGCUGUCCCCGAUCAUAUCCUGAUGGUGAAACGACUUCCAAAAACACGUUCGGGAAAAAUAAUGAGGCGUGUGCUGAGGAAAAUUGCCACCGGCUACACAGAAGAUCUUGGAGACAUAACCACACUGGAGGAUCCAAGUAUCAUAACAGAAAUCCUGGAGGCAUAUCAGAAGUACAAGACAGAUGAGGCUGCCAAAUAACGACCUGAUAACUGGGAACACUGGAUGUAAACUAUAGGGAUAUAGAUUAAACCUCCUUCCAGGCAACAAAUAGAUGAAAUCUCCUUCUGUCAUUGUGCAGACAUUCUGUAAAGUACAUAAUCGAAAACCUAAAGGACCAGUUUACGAGGUUCUUAUUCAUUAAGAAAAAUGUGAAGUGCCAAAUGCAUAUCUCUAUUCAUGUAUCUCUGCCCAGUCAAUUUGGGGUUGGUAUGGUUAUGUUGUCACUGAUAACAAGUGCAUCAUUUAUUCUAAUAUACUGUUAUUACCUUAUUUAUUGGCGCAGUCGAGGAUUUCAAGACCUCAAAUGUUCUUCAGGUAAGAUCAGCCAGAGACAGGUUGGUGAUAAAGGUGUACAUACAAUACUGUAGAGCAGACAAAGCACUGGCUAUAGAGGUCAUGAAGUUAGAGGGCUGUAUCAUGUUGCCCUACACUUCUCCAUGGAAUAUAAAUCCGCAGAGGUUGACCUCUCAGAAUUGCAAAUAGAGGUGCAAACUGCAACAAUUUUAAGACAUGUGCACACGCCUUGUGUUUUAUUUUUAUUUUUUUAUUUGGAUUUGCAAGUGGGAAAUAAGCAAUUUGAAUGAGAUUUUAACACAUUGCAGAAAUUGACAUGCGGUGUAGAUUUCACAUACCGUAUUUUUCGCCCUAAAAGACGCACCGGCCCAUAAGACUCCCCUGGGUUUUAUAGAAACACAAUAAGAAAAAUAUAUAUUUUUUAUUAGACCUCUGCUCAGACUACCAUUUAGACCCCCAAUGUUAAUCAGACCUCAGCUGACAGCCCCAAUUAGACCGCCAAUGUUAUAAGACCCCAAUAAGACCUCAGAUCAGACCCCCAAUUAGAUCUCAGUUCAGACUCAAAUGUGAAUGACCCCCAAUCAGCCCCAUGCCUCUUAUCAGCCCCCAUGCCUUUCAUCCGCCACCCCAUAUAUUAUAACCGAUAUACUUCUCAAAACAAGUGAGAGAAUCAUGUGUGAGCACCAACUCAUAGAUCCGAUAAACAACAACACACAUGUACGUACAUAACAAAAUAUUUUAUUAGUUCAUCACAUAAAAGACAAAACCUUAGACAUAGAUAAAUAUGUAUGAAUAGCAGCAGUAAAGUGGCAGCACUGCGAAUCAGCGCCCCACCAAGGUACCAAUAUGGAACUAUCCCCCAAGCGCACCUCACCUAUUAGCCUGAGUAAGCCAAAUGGCUAAAGUGAGAAAAUUUCUCAUACACAGGCCAGGUGAAAGUGUGGGCUUUCAAUGAUGAUACAAUUGUUGCCAUGCUAGCUAUAUUGUAAAUGUGAAUGGAUGCAGUGUGUGGAUAUUCCACCCCAGCAGCAGCUAAAUAGCAUGCAAUAUACAUCCAACGCAUAAGAAGUCAUAACCAGCAUGGAAAACACAUAUAGGAAUAAGUAAAGGGGAACCAACCUUGGGACCCUGGUGAGCGCACCCCUGACGCGCGUUUCGCUCAGCUUCUUCAGAAGGGGCGUGCCUAUUCAGCCAAACUCUUCCACUUAUAAAUCUUGCCGCAGCUGAGUGAUUGUCCCAAACACCUAUCACACCAUCACUAACGCACCUCCGCCCAUCCGCGACUCAGGCUAUCGGAGCCGUGCCAUUACCACCACGUCAUAUCCGCUUUGUCACAUCCGCCCCAAACUACGGGCAGGAAGCCCAUCAAGCACGUCACUUCUGCCCAUCCUGUCAGUUUAAAGGUCCGUACAAGUGUGUUGGAACUGUCACUCAUCACAUCGUCACGGCCCAUCCUAAUCAAUACUGGGUCAUCAGUCGUCACCUUGGUGGUGGGCAUAGCGGGAUGCACUACCGCUACUAUCCACCAAAGUGUUAUAAACUGUGGCGCCCAUCACCAGACUCACCGGCCCAUAAGACUCCCCUGGGUUUUAUAGGAACACAAUAAGAAAAAUAUAUAUUUUUUAUUAGACCUCUGCUCAGACUACCAAUCAGACCCCCAAUGUUAAUCAGACCUCAGCUGACAGCCCCAAUUAGACCGCCAAUGUUAAUAAGACCCCAAUAAGACCUCAGAUCAGACCCCCAAUUAGAUCUCAGUUCAGACUAAAAUGUGAAUGACCCCCAAUCAGCCCCAUGUCGUUCAUCCGCCACCCCAUAUAUCUCUGACCAGCCCCCAUUGCCUCUAAUCAUCCCCCAACAGCCUCCUAUCAGCCCUCAGAAGCGUUAUAUCAGCCCCCAUUGUCUCUCACCAGCCUCCAGCAGCAUUAUAUCAGCCCCAUUGCCUCUCACCAGCCCCCAGCAGCGUUAUUUCAGCCCCCAUUGCCUCUCACCAGCCCCAGCCAUGUUAUAUCAGCCCCCAUUGCCUCUCACCAGCCCCCAGCCAA